GCUAGACCUGCUUGGCACCAUGCUGCUCCGUCUAGGAUCCACUCUGUACGGCUUGGCUCCUACCUUCCUCCUGUUGUUGGCCUUGCCCUUUGGAUCUCCAAUGUGUCCUAUGCUUUGCACCUGCUACUUUUCCCCACCCACAGUGAGCUGCCAGGCCAAUAACUUCUCCUCUGUGCCACGGAUACUACCGCCCAAUGCCCAGCGCCUCUUUCUACAAAACAACCUGAUUGGGACCCUGAGACCUGGAAUGUUUGGGCCCAGCCUCAUCACCCUUUGGCUCUACUCCAACAAUAUCUCCUCCAUCCAGCCUGGCACUUUCCGCCAUCUCCAGGUUCUCGAGGAGCUGGAUCUGGGGGACAACCGCAAUUUGCGCACACUUGAACCAGAUACUUUCCGUGGACUUGAACGGCUGCAGUCUUUGCACCUUUAUCGCUGUCAGCUGAGCAGCCUCCCAAACACGAUCUUCCGCAAUCUUUACAGCCUCCAAUACCUCUAUCUUCAGGAAAACAACCUGCUUUGCCUACAGGAUGACCUUUUUGUGGACUUAGCUAACCUGAGCCAUCUUUUUCUGCAUGGGAACAAAAUCUGGAAGCUCUCCGAGAACGUCUUCCGUGGCCUGUCUGGAUUAGACCGCCUGUUGCUGCACCGGAAUCACCUGCACACAAUUCCUACAUGGGCUUUUCAUGAUUUGGGAAAGCUUACCAUUCUCUAUCUGUUCAACAAUAGCCUGACAACUCUGUCUGGAGAAACACUCUCAGAUUUGCCCUCCCUGGAGUUUCUGCGCCUCAACAACAAUCCCUGGGCCUGUGACUGCCGUGCCUACUCUCUUUGGUCCUGGUUCCAGCGCACGCAUGUCUCCAUCUCAGACGUCAUAUGCAUCUCUCCUGUGGAACGCAAGGGGCAUGACAUGCGAUAUCUGAAUGAAGCAGUCUUUCAAGACUGCCCUCCGACCAGCCAUCACCCUAUUGAGUUUGACUGGAGCUGUAGGAUUGAAUGGGAUAAUGGACUGGCUCACCCCCAUCCUCGCCCCCACCCUCACCCCCACCCACAUCCUCACCCUCACCCACACCCCAAUGGCUCAUCAAAUCAUCUCUAUGGCCUUGGAGGAUCCCCUCCUGCUGAUCCUUCCUCCUUCUAUAGGGAUGUCCCGGCCAAUGACAUCCAGAGCCCCAAGUAUGAUCCACCAACAGAAGAUAACUACUGGGGGAGUUAUGCAUCUCUGCUCAUUCAUCGCUCUGGCAUCCUCCUGGAUUUUGCUAUGAUGACUUUCCUGAACUCGAGUAUAUCUUCCUUCUACCCGAGAUCCAAUUAUUAUUAUUAUGGACUCUCCAAGCACUAUGAAGAGAAUUGA